AUGGUAAGCCAAAGCCAUACAGCGACGUUACUCCUCUUCACCACCUUUCUCUUCAUUUCCCGAUCAAUCUCAGCCGUUCAUUCCCUUCCACGACUAAACGCAACAACCAACGACCUAGACUUCAUCCGAACAAGCUGCAACGCUACUCUAUAUCAAGACCUCUGCUUCAACUCUCUCGCCGGCUACGCCUCCGUCGUUCAAGACAGUCCCGCGAGGCUAGCAAAGAUAGCAACCGGAGUCUCCCUCUCAAAAGCCAAAGCCACGUUGGCUUUUCUCUCCAAACUCUCACACUCUGCCUCCGAAGUCAAAGACUGUGUUUCAUACUUAGAUGAGGCAGUUGAUUCCAUUAGAGACUCUCUGCGAACACUACGCAACAUGAGCCGUGGAGGUGGCGUUGCAGCGGCUGAGUCGUCAGCAGAGACGUUUAGUUCAAAGGUGAAUGAUGUGCAGACGUGGAUGAGUGCAGCAUUGACGUAUGAGGAUACGUGUACGGACGAGUAUGAAGAAAUGGAUGUCACAGGAGAGGUCAAGACGACUGUUUAUGAUCGGGUGAAUACACUGAAAAGGUUUACUAGUAAUGCUCUUGCCCUUGUUAACAAUUAUGGUAACAAUGGAACCCCAUGAGAUGAGAGUAUGAAAUUAACUUUUAAUUUAAAUAUUUCUUUUGAUAUUUAUAUUAUAUUGUUUAAGGUUUCUUUUGGUUUUCGAAUACGUUAUGGGUUUUAAUUUUAAAUAGAUAACAGUGUGUGAGAAAAAAAAAUGAAAGUUUAGUAGUGUAGCUUCAAAAAAGGUAGUAGGAAGUUCAUGUUUCAUUGCUUUGACUCUGUGUGGAUAUGCUUAUGAUUUGAUGCAUUGUUGUAUCAACUUAGGGGUUUUGUUUUAAUAUGAGCUUAACGUGGGUUUGGAUAGAUGUUAAAUUGUCAGAUUUUGCAUGUUUUGUUUGGUCAAAAUAGUUACAAGAAUUUACUUUCACAAUUUCGAACUCAAAUAUAGCCUGACUUUAAAUUUUAAUCACUAAAA